UUUCUUAGCGAAGGUAUCGCCUGCUAAAAAUUUGAUUUAACGGAUUAAAAAUUAUUUUUUAUUAGUUUUGCUCUUAAUUCGUGCAUGAUUUGGUUAACUAAUUCGCUGGAGUAAUUUGUUUACUUUCAUUGUGUUGAGUUUCUGCCGAUUUUAAUUAGUUCCUGACGAAUUUCAGUGGGGAUAUAAAAACUGAUUUGAUUCACAGUGAGAUAUUUACCGUAAAAGGCUAUUAGAUGCACCCCUCAAGUUCUUUGAAACUUCUGACCCAAGCACAAAAAACAUGGGAAAGGAACAACUCGGGUGGCUCUUACCAGGACCACUACCAGCCACAACACUUCCAUCAACACAAUAACAGCAUGCUUGCGACUUCUUCUCAAAACCAGCAGGGUUAUCAUCAUAACAACAGCCAUCAUCAUCAUCAUUCUGCGUCCUCUACAAGUAGCAGCAGCAAUGCCUCAAGGUCACAUAACUCUACACCCAAGCAGUUUCGCCACAAAGUUUCUGUCAACCACAGUUGGACGGAGCUGGAAAUAACCGGUACAUAUCAUCAUUAUUGCACGGGGCUGUAUGAUGAUGAUACAUUUGGUGAAACUGAAUUUUGGUAUGAGGAGGGGGGAGAUAUUAUUGGAGAUGCACAUGGUAACAUAUCCAAUCUGAGCCCUGCUGUAUUCAAGUUCACCCAUCUAACGAAGCUUAACCUUCGUAACAACAACUUAACCUCUCUGCCUCCCGAAAUUGCUCGUCUGGUCAAUCUAAACGUACUCGAUGCUACAGGAAACCGACUGCAAAGCAUUCCACCAGAAGUUGGUGACAUGGUGAUGUUGAAGGAACUCUACUUAGGUAACAACCUGCUGAAAUCUAUUCCAUACGAGCUGGGCAAGCUAUUUCAACUACAGAGAUUAUGUUUUAAAGGCAAUCCGCUACCAAGCAAGUACCUAAAUUUUAACACUGAUGCUUCAGGGACCCAGAAAUUAGUCUCCUUCCUAUUUGAUCAUUUACCAGCUUAUUUUUCAAGCCCGCCAGAAAGAGCAUGGAUGCGUUUGUCGAACUGUGAAACGCCAAAGCCUGCAGUGAUAACAGUGAUGUGCUAUAACGUGCUUUGCGACAAAAACUGCAACAGAACGCUGUACGCGUACUGUCCACAGUGGGCACUGAACUGGGAUUACAGGAAGAAGAUUGUAAUGAGAGAGAUUAAGAGUUGUCAAUCGGAUAUUAUUUGCUUGCAGGAAGUGGAGACGGAACACUACCACCAAUUCUUCCAGCCUGAGUUGGAAAAUGACGGAUACCUGAGCGUGUUUGCCCCAAAAAGUCGAGCAAGAACGAUGACGGAGGCAGAGAAGAGGCAUGUCGAUGGUUGCGCCAUCUUUUAUAAAAAAAAUAAAUUCCGUGCCCUGAAAGACUACUUAGUAGAGUUCAACCAGGUAGCCAUCGAGGCAGCCGAGGGCUCACACGACAUGAUCAACCGCGUCAUGACCAAAGACAACAUCGGGCUGGCCGUACUUCUAGAAACCACCAAAGAAACUUGGCCUAAUGGUCCUCCAGCCGACAACCAGAUCAACCAGCCCUUACUGGUGGCCACGUGUCACGUGCACUGGGACCCAGAGUAUUGCGACGUCAAACUCAUCCAGACUAUGAUGCUUGUGCAGAAGUUGCAGAACAUCGUGAAAUUGGCAGCUUCAGAGUUGAGGCCCGACCUGGCCGACAGUCCCCUGCUCGACUGCAACUCCAUCCCUCUCAUACUCUGCGGAGACUUGAACUCUCUGCCCGAUUCAGGUGGAGUGGAGUUUUUGAAAUGGGGCCGAGUUGACUCAAACCACAAGGAUUUCAAAAAGAUGGGAUACAAGGAGUGCCUGCAGAAGUUAGGCUACCAGGAGGCCAAGGACAACAUCUUCUCGCACAACUUCAAGCUCUCACAGGCCUACAUCAACGACAUCAUGCCUUAUACCAAUUACACGUUUGAGUUCAAAGGAGUAAUCGAUUACAUCUUCUUCAGUCGAGAUUGCAUGCGAUGCCUGGGCGUGCUGGGCCCCCCUGACCAGAAGUGGUUUCUCGAAAACAAAGUUCACGGAUGCCCCCACCCACAAGUACCCUCCGACCAUCUGCCGAUCUUCGCCCAACUCGAGCUCUUAAGAUCCUCACUUAUUCCUUAUUCCUAUCCCACCAGUAACAUGUCGUCUCUUGCUAACUCGUCGUCUUCCAAUGUCGGCUUCCAGCAGCAGCAGCAACAAAUUAUUAAAAAUUCGUAAUUCAUUGCGCGCGCGUUUGUGUGUGUGUGUGUGUGUUUAUGUUGAUGAUCUCCUACCGUUGUAUCUGUAUACUAAUUAUUUUAUUGAAUAUUUUUCUCAUUAAUGUGCACUCUUGUGAUGUGAGAGAGAUAUUGUAUUUGCCAUUUAUUUGCCAUCAUCGUUCUGUGUAGUUUGGUAGUAGUUGGGGUAUGGGUAAGUAAUGUAACGAAGUAAGGUGUCUCUCUCUUUUCCUCUCUCUCCUUCUCUCCCUCUCUCACUCUGCCAUUCACUGUUCAAACGGUUAGGAGUUAGUCGGCUGGUUGAUUGGUUAAGAGAUGUAAAUAGAGUUUGAUUGACUGAUUGAUUGAUUGAGUGUUUGAUUGAUUGAUGUUUUUUCUUUCAUUCUUGACUGAUUUGUUUACUGUAUUUCCGAUUUAUCGAUUAUAAUAAAGUCAUAAUGUUCACU